GUUGAUGUUUACCACAACUUAACACUUUUUCACUUUACUUAUUUUACUACUAUUAGAUCUAUAUAGUCUAGUACUACUACUGACUAAAGUGUCUACUGAGUUACAAGUUACAACUUUCAUUUUGAUCAUAAUCAUAAUGAAUGAUAAUGAACUUAAGACUUAGACCGUAGUAGUCGGCGUAGUUUAGAUACUAGAUCUAGUCUAGAAUAUAGAUUAUCAUUAUGAUUAUAAGUCUAAGACAUAGAUGAUAGAUCUAAGUCUAAGUCAUAAGAAUAAUAGUCUUCUUACUUCUAUAAUAGUAUACUAUAAGUAUAAGAUAAUAGACUAGUAACUCGUAGUAACUGUCUGUAACUCAGUGUAACUCUAGUGUCUCUACUCACUCUAGAGUACUCUAGACUAGAUGAUGGUAGAUGUAUAAUGAUAAUCAUAAUAAUGUAUAUAAAUACUAAGUGAGUAAGUCUAAGUAACUAACUAGACUAAUAAUAAUUAUAAUAACUAUUAGUAAUAGUAAAUAGACUAAAUAGUAAUAGCCCUAAAGUCUAAAAGAACUAUUACUAAUGAGUAAUGAGACAUUCCUGCACUAGAUUUCUAGGAAUGAAACUGCUUUUAUUCUGGACAAUUUCUAUUGUUACAUCCACUAUAACAAAAAAAUUUGAGAUUACAUCAUGGAAAGAAACAUAUAUAACAACUUAACCUCAUAGGAGAAUUGAAAACCAGGACUACACAUUUCAAGAAGUGUCGUCUCGCUUGUGAAGAUGUGAAUUCAAUGUCAAAAUACAAGAUGUAAAUUAUCAAUUUAUACAUUUACACACAUUGUCCUUGUGAUAAGAGAAUCUCUGACCAACGAACAUAAAAGACAUUUAAAAUCAGUUCAUAAUUACCAUUCAUCAUGGCGGCAUUAAUGGACAUAGAUAAAUUGGAGAGUCCUGAAAUGGAGAAUGGAGGUGGCCUCUUUGCACCAGAUGUUGGUGACCUUGACAUGGGAGCAUUGACAUCAAAGAUGGCGCUUGUGAGUCCGACCAAUGAGGAGUUUGAGAUGCUGCUGGAAGAUAUCAGGACAAGAAUCAUGGACACUCAAGGGGAGACAAUAUAUGAAGUUGGAACAGGGGAGGGAGACAGACCAGGUUUAAAGGAUGAGGAUUAUCAGGCAGCAGUAGCCACCUUACAAAGUAUAUCCCAGACGUUAGAUCUUGUGUGUGUUUUACUGAGGGAGAGGACAGCAGAAGAAGGCAAAGUGGCGGAGUUUUUACUGAGGAAAAAGUUAAAACAGGAAGAGUUUAUGGAAGUCAGAAUAGCUGUAGUAGGGAAUGUAGAUGCUGGUAAAAGUACUCUGCUGGGGGUGUUGACCCAUGGAGAGCUGGAUAAUGGAAGGGGAGUGGCGAGACAAAAACUCUUCCGUCACAAGCAUGAGAUGGAGUCUGGUCGCACCAGCAGUGUGGGCAAUGACAUCCUGGGCUUUGAUGCCUCAGGGAAUGUGGUGAAUAAACCUGAACAUGGCCACCUGGACUGGAUAAAAAUCUGUGAAGAUGCAGCAAAAGUUGUUACGUUUAUUGACCUUGCUGGCCAUGAACGGUACCUUAAAACGACAGUGUUUGGCAUGACAGGACAUGCGCCAGAUUUUGCGAUGUUGAUGAUUGGUGCCAAUGCAGGUGUGAUUGGUAUGACCAAGGAACACCUCGGCUUGGCCCUUGCCCUGAAUGUGCCAGUUUUUGUUGUGGUGACCAAAAUUGACAUGUGUCCACCCAAUGUCUUGCAAGAGACCCUUAAGCUGCUGACCAGAAUUCUUAAAUCUCCGGGAUGUCGUAAGAUUCCUGUCUUAGUCCAAAACACAGAUGAUGUUGUAGUGACAGCGACUAACUUCACAUCAGAGAGAAUGUGUCCCGUCUUUCAAGUGUCAAAUGUCUCCGGUGAGAAUCUUGAUUUGUUAAAAAUGUUCCUGAACCUUCUGUCUACCCGUGUCAAGUGUGAUGCCUCACAGCCAGCCGAAUUCCAGAUAGAUGACACAUUUUCUGUUCCUGGUGUAGGAACUGUUGUAUCCGGUACUCUGUUACAAGGUUGCAUAAAACUUAACGACACAUUGCUGCUAGGGCCAGAUGCUCUAGGUCAGUUUCAGCCUGUUCCUAUCAAGAGCAUACACAGAAAGAGAAUGCCAGUGAGAGAAGUCCGAGGGGGUCAGACAGCAUCAUUUGCUCUUAAAAAGAUCAAACGAGCCUCUAUAAGGAAAGGAAUGGUCAUGGUGUCCCCACGCUUGGAACCAAAGGCAUGCUGGGAAUUUGAAGGCGAGAUUCUUGUGCUACAUCACCCAACAACAAUCAGUGUUCGUUAUCAGGCCAUGGUUCACGUUGGCAGUGUGCGGCAGACUGCAACUAUCAUAACCAUGACUGAAGAUCAUCUCCGGACAGGCGACAAAGCUACAGUCAGAUUCCGCUUCAUCAAAAACCCAGAGUAUCUCAAAACAGAUAUGAGGAUGGUUUUCAGGGAAGGCCGGACAAAGGCAGUGGGUAACAUUACUAAACUUUUCCCCCAGGUGAACGCGGUAGCGCAGAACACACGCAACCAGCGCUCCGCGAAGAAAGCCCAGCAGGAGAACACUAAACAUUCGGUGAACCCCCAGAAUGAGCCUCAGAAAGCCAGCAAGAGAAACAGAAGAGCCAAGAAAUUUGACCUUGAAGAGACAGAAGUCAAAGAGAAUGGUGCUGCUAAAAGCACCGGCACUGGUGAUGCUGGAGUGACCAUGUUCUCACAGUCUUCGGUUCCUUUACCCCCUAUAGCGUCAACAUCCACAGCGGCAGCAACUUAAAUCAGUUUCUUUGUUAGUUUUGUGUAACCUCUAUUGGAAUAGUGUAUGAUAGCGUGACACUUCAGAUGGUGUAAGUGUAAGGUAAAAGAAUGCUUAAUAUUGCUUCAGGAUUUUGAGAGAUUUACAACCCAUGGAUUAAUUUCUAAACAUUAAUCAUCUUUCACCCUAAAUUUACCAGCGAUCAAAAAAUUGUUUGCCCUUUUUGUCAGACAUCUACAUAGUGUAUCAUAGUUUGUUAAAUGUGCAUUCUUCGGUGUCAUUGCUAAAAAACAAUUCUUGUAGUUAACAAAAGAAAUACAUCUCCACUAGUGAAUGUUGAGUGUACUAGACAGAGUUGAAAUGUUGCGAUUGUAAACUUUUCAUUGAAAGUUAACAUCUUUUGAUGUCUUGAAAUUUUUUUUUAUUGUAUUACACCGGUUAGUAAAUAUAGUAAAUAUUAUUCCUAUGGACAGCUUUUUUUUUUCUAUAUUCUAAGCCUUAAAAGGAUUUCUUGUUGGAGUGUUUCAUGUUUCAUAGAACUGCUUUAGUAGAAGAUGUAAAACAGUUUCAACAUUGUUAGCAAUGUUAGCAAGAAAUGUCUAGUGAGUUUUUAAAUGCAUCUACAUUGCCCCUAAUAGAUUUCACUUGCAAGCUGUCCACAAGAUGAUUGCAUAAGAGGUCACUGUAUCUGUUCUUGUAGCCUGCAUUUUGUAUGUUUGUUGAAUGGGUUAUUGGUUUGUAGAUAGAAUAUUUACUACAGGUGUGGUUUUUAAUUUUCAUCCACCAUGUAAUCUCAGCAUAUAUUUUUUUUUUCAACCCUUUCCUUGUUUUUUUAUUUUCCCUUGUUUGUUGUUUGUUAAAUCCAGUCAGACCAAUACAUAGAUAACCUUAUAGGUUAGUUCAGAGCUUGCCACCUUUUGUACUAGCAAAACACUUGCUAAGGCAAAUUGACAUUGUGAGCUUUGUUUUAUUUACAACAUAGCAUUGUAUCCCUUUCUUCUCAUCAUGGAAAGUUCUGCUAGUCCAGUGGUUCCCAAACUUUUCCCUUAACGGAACACUUCGCACUUUUUGAAUAUUUAGCAGAACACUUUGCUUAUUUUUUUUUAGAGAGUUUAAUCCACAUAGUGGCCUACUAGUUAAUUAUUACAGUAGUUUGUGGAACAUUUAUUCAGGCCCCACUGAACACUAGGGUUUCGUGGAACAGGUUUGGGAAACACUGUGCUAGUUUAUGAUAUUAUACAUAUAUUUCUUUAAUUUGUGAUGAAUUAACACACAAAGACAAUCGUAGUACAAUGACAAGAGAUUGAAUUGAUCAGUGUGUUCUCAAGUUGGGCAAUUAUCUCAAAUGUUUAUUCUUUAUACAUUUGUCUGUAGUCAAAAAUUUUAAUGUCAUAGUUUCAAAGUUUGAUUUUUAUGCAUUUUGGAGAUUGGAUUGCAAAUGUAUGCCCGUGGCAUAGUGUGUGUUGAGAAAAGCUUGAGAUCAAUUGUUAUAUAUAGUAUGUGGUACAUGUUUGGUCACAAGUGGGACUGGUGGACUUAUUUUGAACUCUUGUCAAGGAUAAAUACUAAUGCUGUUUAGUUAAUCCUUUGAAUUUUUGGAAUAGCUAUUUGAGUACCUAAUAUUUCCUAAAUUUCAAGAUUCCAUUUUAAAGAGUUUAAAUAGAGUUAUAGAUCCUAGUUUUUCUAGUGGAAUCCUAAGCCCUAUUUUUUUUUUUAAAUGAUCACACAUUGUAAUUUUAAUAAUACCAAGCUACCUUAUCUUGUAGUUAUUGGUAUGUCCAUGUUGGUUUGUUUUAAAAAAAAUUUUAACAUGAUUUGCCUCCCUUUGUCUGGUUUAACAUUUUUACCCUGAAAGUUGUUUCCCCUUACAUAAAAAAAAAAACAAAUUGCCAUGUAAUUAUUUGUUAAAUCUUAUUGACCUAUUUACUUGAAAUUGUUAUACUUUACUUCAUCUUUUAACUAUGGAAACAGAACCUUUGAAUGUUUGAUGCCUGACAAAAACAAAAGUUUACUAUCAUAUCAAUGUUCUACAUGGAGUCAGUCACCCAGUCAUACAUGUUGCAUCUUCCAGUCAUAUUGACUUGACACAUGUAUUCAGUUGGAUCCUUUUGGUUGACUUUGUCUGUUUUGAAGCAUUAAAUCCAUCUAAACACUUUGAA